AGCAGUGUGACGUGACGUGUUGUGUGUGGUGAUGCGAUAUGUUUAUGUGAACAAAUUGCUCGUUAGGGAUAAUAUAUUCUCCUCACCCCGGUGUACGAGAUUCAAGACGUCCAUUUUAUCUAAGGCUUGGUGCAAUUCACCAGUCAGCUCUACAGAUCACGUAUAGCAGGAGCUGACCAAAGCUAGAACUUGUCCACCACUACCUUGCCACCAUGUCGGAGGGGAACAUGAAGCAGAUCCUGACGCUGGGCAACUCCAUCAUCGGCGUGUCCAUUCUGGCCAUGCCAUACUGCUUCAAGCAGUGCGGGUUGGUUCUGGGCAUACUGCUGCUGAUCCUGAGUGGCUACAUCAACAGGCUCAACUGCCACUUCCUCAUCAAGUCGGCCAUCAGCACCAAGCGGCGCAGCUACGAGUUCUUAGCGUUCCACAUUUUCGGCCCGAUGGGCAAGUUUGCGAUCGAGGUGAUCCAGAUCGGAUUUCUGUUCGGCAUCUGCGUCUCCUUCUUCGUCAUCGCCGGCGACUUGGGGCCCAAGAUUCUGGCUCAAAUCCUAGACAUCGAGUACACGAGCCGCUUCAGGGCCGUCUUUCUCUGCGGGCUGUGCUUCUUGAUAGUUCUGCCGCUCAGUCUGCUAAGGAAUACGGACAGCUUGGCCAGCAUCAGCGCCAUCUCCAUCACAUUUUACGUACUCCUGGUAUUAAAGAUCGUGUCGGACUCGUGGCGUCACAUCAUCAGUGGCGCCUGGCAAGCGGAGGUGGUGCUCUGGCGGCCGUCCGGCGUCCUGCAGGCGCUGCCCAUCAUGAGCCUCGCCCUUGCCUGCCAAACGUGA